UCUGAAUGCUGUUCAUUGUCCUCUUACAUCCUAAAGCUUAUUCACAGUUUCUGCAAACAAGAAAAAAUGUCCCUGCUCAUCCUGAUAACUUUUCAACUGUUUCUGGAGGUUAAGACACAAGAUGGGGGUUUCUCAACAGGUUCGGCUGUCACAUCAUCUAUGUCACCGAUCCCUGAAAACAGAUCAACCAUGAUGUUUUCCAGCCAAACCUCUCAAGCAGCUUUGCCCACCGUGUCGACUCCAUUCACUAAGGACAUUACAACAUCUUUUGCUGUGACAUCCAGUGCUGAAAUCACAUCAGAUCCAAUAACUAUUUCAGAUGCGUCCAGUCUUAUAACUCGUAACAGACAUAUUUUAACGGAUCCUACAAAGAAAGACACUGAAACCAACAAGUACUUUAAUACAAAAAUGUUGUUCAUUGUUAUGGAGGCUACUGCCAGUGGAGGUCUUGUUCUGGUUGGACUCGUGGUCUUCUGUUUGUACAAAUGUAAAAGAAGGCCGAGGGCAGAGAGAAUUUGGUUUGAGUCGACCAUUAAAAAACGCGGAGGUGUUUCCAUACCGAUGGUCCGUUCAGGAUCUUGUGGAGAUGAAGAAGCAGAGUAUUACUCCUUUAUCGAUGUUUUACCAUACACCAAUGAAACCUCAGGAAUCAGAGAUGAACAAUCAAAACAAACUGAGGUUGAAUUGAGUCAUCUGUACGCCACUGUUUCCAAACCAGCCAUCAACGACAACAAUCAUAUUUACUGUGUGCCAAUGCCCUGACAGAGCUCAGUUCUGCCUGCUAUCAUUGUAAUGUGUGCCAAAAUUAAUACAACUUUAUUUUAAACUGGAUGUGAAGUGGUUUAUAAACACUGCUUUUAUAAAUUUAUGUUCAAUAUUUUUUGCAACAACCACUGAAUGUCUAUAAGUCAUUAAUUAUAUGAGACACAUGACUCAUGCAUUUUCUUGACUAUAUUCACCUGAUGCUGAGUUCUCACCACAUUUUAACCCUGAUCUUUAAUUGAUGUUUCUCGAUUCCUCAAAAUACAUUAAACCCCAACUUUCUUUUGUUUCGAUAAAAGUACUGCUUGUCAAUUUUUUCCUCUCAUUUAUUUUUCCUGCAUUCACCCUUACUGUUCUUUAAUAAUAAUUAAUAAAGAAACGUAUUUACACAGCAAAUGAAUGGAUAACUAUUUAUGAAUGUGGUUUUGAGAGAGUGCCCUCUGCUGGCUAACAGAAGGAUCUGCAGUAAUGUCUAUCACAUUAUGAAAUUAACUUAUUACAAGUAUUUAAGACAGGAUGGUGUGUCAUUAUUCUAAAUCUGAAUUUAGUGAUGAUAGAUAAUGGGUGCUGUCAUGAACAGAAAAACAACAUCACAUAAUGUGAUCUGGUUCAAUUUUAGUUAGAAUGUUAAUUUAA